CUGCGCAGUCAUCUUGGGGGCUGGACGCACAGGGCCACGCUGUUAACCUGGGGCAGCACCAUGAAGGCCCUCAAGAAGGAAUCCCGUCUCAAAAUUCCAACCAGCAGGUUCUUGGAGGCCGCAGAGAGCGUCAAAGAAAAGAAGCGGGCAAAGGCACCUGAACAGCCCACUCCCCCCAUUCAGGAAGAGCCUGAACCUGUCAGCAAUGUCUUACAAGGAGAUGACAUUCUUGCCUUGGCCAUCAAGAAAGAAGACUUGAAGAAGCAACACAUUCCUCGGUUUGCAGAAACAGGAGGAAAGCCUGUUGUGACACAGAAAUUUAUCAUCCGGAAGCUCAAACCGAAGGAUUCCAGCAGAAAGGUCUACCACUUGGUAGCUCAUCCUGCUCAUCCUGAUGCUGCCACAAAGCCCCUGGACUAUUCUGGUCCUGGCGACAGCUUCUUAAGUGGUGACCAAAUCCUGCCUCACCAGAUCUUGGGAAGUCUCCAGGACUUUAAAAGGAUCGCAGUUGCUCGAGGGAAUACCCAGCUAGCUAAGCUGAUACACGUCCAACCCUGUCUGAUGACCCUCAUCUCAGCUAAAGAAGAGCCCAAGCCAAAGGCCCCAAAGGAAGGGAAGAGGCCUCCAUGGGCCCCACCUCUCCAGCACAAUUUCCUGAAGAACUGGAGACGGCAUGUUGCCUUGUGGAAGAAGCAACAGGAAUUCCUCAGUGAGCAUCUGAAGAAGCCAGUGAGUGAGCUGCUGAUGCAUGCUGGGGAGAGCUACAGAAGGAUCCAGGAAGAACGGGAACUCAUUGACCGUGCACUUCCCACCCAGCAUGACAGAAAAGGUUUUAAAGCAACCAAUUGGUUCUGGAGUCCACUGGAGUACCUGGGAGAUGAGACGACAGGCCUUCUCAUGACAAAAACAAAAACUCAGCGUGGCCUGGUGGAACCUAUCACACACAUCAGGAAGCCCCACUCCAUCCAAAGGGAGACUGGAUUACCAACACAGAAAGAUGCUUGGUACCGCUACACCUGGGACCGGAGUCUGUUUCUGAUCUACCGGCGCAAGGAGCUCCAGAGCAUCAUGGCAGAACUAGAUUUCAGCCAGGAGGACAUAGAUGGCCUGGAGGUGGUGGGCCGUGGGAAACCCUUCUCAUCUGUCACAGUAGAAGAGUAUUCACCACUUGAAAAGAGUCUGAAGAGCUCUUCUGAAGAUACGGUGUUCCUAGACUCAUUGACCAACCUCUCCGACAUGGUCCCCAUGCCUAUUCUUGGCCCUUCACUGCUAUUCUGUGGGAAGCCAGCUUGCUGGAUUAGAGGCAGUAACGAAGAUGACAAGAAAAACAUUGGAAUUGGUGUCCGCCUGACAUUUGAGACCCUCGAAGGGGAGAAAACAUCUUCAGAACUGACUGUGGUCAAUAAUGGCACUGUGGCCAUUUGGUAUGACUGGCGACGGCGGCCCCAGAUGGAUUUUUUCCAAGAGCUAAAGAGAAACAGGACACAGCGAUUUUACUUUAACAACCGGGAAGGGGUGAUUCUGCCUGGGGAAAGCAAACACUUUACCUUCUUCUUCAAGUCUCUGAAUGCUGGCAUCUUCAGGGAAUCUUGGGAAUUUGGGACCCAUCCUACCCUCCUGGGAGGUGCUGUCCUUCAGGUCACUCUCCAUGCUAUCUCACUGACCCAGGACAUUUUUAUGGAUGAGAGGAAGUUGCUGGAGAGUAAGCUGGCUGCCCAUGAGGCUGUCACCAUCGCACAGAGUGUGCUGCAGGAGGUACUGAGGGGCAUCUCAACUCCAGACCGCGUAUCAUCCCCUGUGGAUGCCUAUCUCACCGAGGAGGACUUGUUCCACUACAGGAAUCCUCGGUUGCAUUACCAGCAUCAAGUGGUGCAAAGCCUGCACCAGCUGUGGAACCAGUACUCCACCCUGCCUCUGAAGACUGAGGGGGCCAGGGCAGGUCAGAAGGAUGCCUUCAGCUCCAGAGCUCGGCUUGCUCCGGUGCCAUUUUUGUUGGUCCAGAAGGCCCUGGCAGACUCUGAUCGCCUGAUGAACAGCAGGAACCAGGUCUUGGAGGCCUCACCCCUACAACUAAGGCAGGAGAUGGAUAUGCUCAAGGAACACCGAGAUCCCUUCCUAUAUCAGAAGACUGGCAUGGGCACCAAGAGUUUUCCAAGGAAGAGCAUCAUGGAGGAGAUUCUGGUGGAGGAGAGUCCUGACAGGGAGACUACCAGGAGCCCCUGGGAGCCUGAAAGCCUUCCUCCACCCAGGUGGAACCUUUGCCUGGAGGAUUUCAGAAAGGCAGUGAUGACCUUCCCUGAAGAGAUCCAGAGAGAGGAUGCCCUUAUCCGGCUCAACAAGGCAGCUGUGGAGCUGUGCCAGAAGCAGAAGCCAUUGCAAUCUGACCUCCUGCACCAGACAUGUUUGCAGCUGUGGCGAGAUGUGAUUGACAGCCUGGUAAGCCAAUCGCUGUGGCUAAGGGCUCUUUUGGGCCUGCCUGAGAAGGAGACGGUUUAUUUGGAUGUUCCAGAAGAGCAAGGUCAGAAGUCCCCUUCAGUCAUAGAAGUGAAGGUGGCAGUCAGUAAAAUUGGGAAGGAGGAGCGGAAAGGGACCACCCAGGAAAAGAAAGUACCAGGUAUCAGAGACAAAGAGGAAAAAAAGGGGGCCAAGACGCCAGGGAAAGAGGAUCGCCUGAACAGCAAGAAACAGAAGACAAAGGAUGACAAGAAAGUGGUGAAGUCUACAAGCCGGGACAGGCUGUCCUCGGAAGAUCCUACCCCUGACAGCACGGUCCCUUCACAGGAGCCCAUAGACCCCCUGGUCAUGGAGAAAUAUACCCACAGGUUGCAUGCUGAGGUCUAUGGGUUGCUGGAUACCCUGGUUACUGACAUGAUGGUCCUGGCUGAUGAGCUCAGCCCCCUAAAGAGUGUUGAAGAACCUUUGCGUUUUUGCAACUGAUUCGUGGGCCCAUGCUAUCUCCUGGGAGAAUGGUUAGGAAAGU